AUGCCCUCCGCAGUGCCCCCUUCCAGCGACGCCGCGCCAGCCGGCAGCAGCAGCAGCAGCAGCGGGCUGCACAUCGCCAUCGUGGGCGGUGGCAUCACGGGCGUCAACCUAGCACUCGGCCUGCAAGAGCGCGGGGUGUCCUUCACCAUCUACGAGCGAUCGCGGGGGCUCCGGGAGAUCGGGGCGGGGAUCGGGUUCAGCCCGAACGCGGAGUGGGCGAUGGGGGUGCUCAGCGGGGGGGUAGCGGCGGCGUACGACCGCGUGGCGAACCCCAACAUGGAGGACUACUUCCAGUGGGUGGACGGGCACGGCAGCGACGCCGUCUUGUUCCGGCUGCACGUCGGCCGCGACGGCUUCCGCGGGUGCCGCCGCUCCGACAUCCUCGAGGAGUGGGCCAAGCAGCUGCCGCCGGCGCGCGUCGAGUUCGGCAAGGAGAUCGAGGCCAUCUCUGACGGUGACGGCACGCCGCUCGAACUACAGUUCCGCGACGGCACGUCCGCGACGGCCGACGUGGUGGUCGGGUGCGACGGCAUCCACUCGCAGAUCCGGCAGCUGGUGCUACCCAAGACCUCUGCGGCGGCGCGCGCCAACUACACGCACAAGUUCUGUUUCCGCGCGCUGGUGCCUAUGGAGCGGGCGGUGGCGGCUAUCGGGAACUACCGGGCGGGGGCGCGAUUCAUGUACAACGGGCCGGGGGCGCACGUCGUCACGUACCCGGUGGGCAACAACACGGUGCUCAACGUGCUAGCCGUGCUGUCGGACGCGGAGGCGUGGUCGCCGCCGGCCGAGAGCGGCGGCGAGCAGGGCAAGCGGCACACGGCGAGCGGCAACAAGCAGGAGGCGGUGGCGGCGUUUGCGGGCUGGCACGGCACGGUGCGUAGGAUUGUGGACCUGCUGCCCGACGAGAUGGACAAGUGGGCCGUGUUCGACAUGGCCGAGCACCCGGCGCCGACGUACGUGCGAGACUGCGUGUGCGUGGCGGGCGAUGCGGCGCACGCCACGGGCCCGCAUCUUGGCGCUGGAGGCGGGAUGGGCAUCGAGGACGCGCUUGUGCUAUCCGAGCUUCUAGCUGCCGUCGACAGAAGAUUGGCCAUCGGUGGUGCCGGCACCGUUGCCGAGCCCAAGACCGUGCUUGUCAAGGCCGCGCUGGCGACAUACAACGACGUGAGGUAUGAGCGCACGCAGGAUGUGGUGCAGUCGACACGCGCGGCAUGCGACCUUUUCCAGUGGCAGAAUCCGGCCGUAGGCAGCGACGGGGCCAAGUUUGGCCACGAGAUCACCAAGAGAUUCUAUAAGGUCUGGAACUAUGAUGUCGAGGCAAUGGUGCAGGAUGCCCUUGUUCAGUUUGGCGUCCGGGUCGAUCAGGACUGA